GGCUCUAUUUUCAGCACACAAGCUCCAGAUUCAUACAACCUCUUCCUCACCAGUGCAGUCACGGACGGUGUGAAGAUGUGGGACCUCCGUUCACUGAGGUGUGUACGGCGUUACGAGAACCAUCUCAAUCGCUGCCAUCCGUGCUCUGCAGCCAUCUCUCCAUGCGGCCGCUUCAUUGCCUCAGGCUCUGAGGAUAACUGUGCCUACGUGUAUGACAUCCGCAGCAGCAGCUACCUCCACAAACUUCAGAAACAUUCAGACACGGUGCUCAGUGUAGCUUUCAACCCUGCCACCCCACAGCUGCUAACUGGGACCAUGGACGGAAAGCUGAGAUUGUUUCAGUCCAGCAGUGCGGCCCGUCUGUCUCGUGACACCAGUGCUGUGCAUAGCGUCCCUCACUAGACUGGGUAGUCCAUGCAGGUUUCAUUAAAGCAGUUCCAGCCCCCUGGCUUGGAUUUGAGUGGGAAUGGAAGAAAUAUGUGUUUGUUUUUAGUUUUCAGUUUAAUUGAGAUUGAAAUGGAAACAAUAGGUUUUUAUUUUUCUAGUUGUAUUUUCCUAUUGUGUUCUUUCACUUCUGUGCUCGAAAAUUGGAGCCACCCAUUUUAGCUCAUCUUGGUAAAAUCCAGUAUGUACAUAACUACACUGCUUUUCUUUCUAUUACUGAGAUUCAAAUAUAUCAAUGCUUUUUUCUGAAUAUCACAUGAUUUUUACAAGAUAUAAUGUGCUCUCAAUUACAGAAAAAAACUAAACUCUAUUUGACUAAAACCUUUAGCUUUAACAACUAUUUCCCAUCUGUCUCUUCACAUUAGGAUAGUCAAGUAUCAGGUUGUUUAAGUUUAGUAUGUGCAACAGAUUUCCUUCCAUAUAACUGGAUGAGCGCACUACUUAGCAGAUCAGCACACUAUGCUAUGACAUCAACUGGGUGCAACCUCUUUGGCUGCCAAACACACAGAUGCUACUACUGUUCAUACUGACACACCCGUCCGCAUUGUUUGAGCUUUACAUUUACUCUCCACAGUUGCAAAACAAAAUGUCGGCUCGGCUACAAAUGACAUUUACUAUUCAAAUCUUCUGGAGCAAAAUAAAUUGAAUAUCUUUUGGGAAUCUUUUUAUUUUUUAAAGUACACAUUGUUGGGAAUAUUUAUAUAAAGUUUAAAUAUACCCUUACAUCAUUCAUACAUGUCUGUUGAAAUUAUUUAUUUUAUUGUCUGUUUUCUG